AGUCAUCUGUGUCUUUCCUUCUUGUAUUCUUCCGGUUCUUCCUUCUCUAAACCCUAGUGCUUCCAAGAGGAAAAUCGCAGCCUAAUACUCAGGUGACGGGUGAAGGAAAGGCAGAGCGGAGAAGGGAAGAAACCGGAAAGAUGAGACCGAUUUUGAUGAAGGGCCAUGAAAGGCCGUUGACGUUUCUGAAGUAUAAUCGCGAGGGCGAUCUAUUGUUCUCCUGCGCCAAGGAUCACACUCCCACUGUCUGGUUUGCCGAUGACGGAGAGCGCUUGGGCACUUACCGCGGCCACAAUGGAGCUGUCUGGUCUUGUGAUGUCUCAAGAGAUUCGAUGAUGUUGAUUACUGCCAGUGCUGACCAGACAGCUAAGCUUUGGAAUGUCCAGACUGGGGCGCAGCUGUUUACUUUCAAUUUUGACUCUCCAGCGAGGUCUGUUGACCUUUCUGUUGGUGAUAACCUUGCCGUCAUUACAACAGACCCCUUCAUGGCUUUUACCUCUGCCAUCCAUGUGAAGCGCAUUGCUAGCGAUUCUUCUGAACAAAUUGGCGAUUCAGUUUUGGUACUCAAGGGGCCUCAGGGCAGGAUUAAUAGAGCUGUUUGGGGACCUCUCAACCGGACCAUAAUCAGUGCUGGAGAGGAUUCCAUCAUUCGUAGAUGGGAUACCGAGACAGGAAAGUUGCUUCAAGAGUCAGAACCAGAAGUUGGACAUAAGAAACAAAUAACUUCACUGACAAAGUCUGCUGACUGUUCCCACUUUAUUACUGGUUCCCUUGAUAAAUCAGCAAAGCUUUGGGACAUCAGAGAUUUAUCCCUGAUUAAGACUUAUCUGACUGAGCGGCCAGUCAAUGCUGUUACAAUGUCGCCACUUCUUGAUCAUGUUGUCUUGGGUGGUGGCCAAGAUGCAUCCGCAGUUACCACUACCGAUCACCGUGCUGGAAAGUUCGAAGCAAAAUUCUUUGAUAAGAUUCUGCAAGAAGAAAUUGGAGGUGUUAAAGGUCACUUUGGUCCGAUCAAUGCUCUGGCUUUCAACCCUGAUGGCAAAAGUUUCUCUAGUGGAGGUGAAGACGGGUAUGUACGGCUGCAUCACUUUGAUCCCGAUUACUUCAGCAUCAAAAUAUAAGAAAAAGCGAGUGUGAGCUGCUCUGCAGUACCAGAGGGUGCGAAUGUAUUUUGGUUUAUUUUCUAGCACAAGAAAGAACCUGCUUUGUUGGUCGCUGUUGUAGAAUUACAAACGUUUGUAACGACUGCAGUUGGUAAUUUUAUUAGCAAUAUUAUGUGUCAGGAGCUAGGAUGGGCAACGGGUAUUUGGGUAUACACAUAUCCGUUCCUUUUUUUGAGGGUUAUGGGUAUCCAAAUACUUGUAAUAUUUUUUACGGGAUGGGAUUUGAGAUCAAAAAGUUUUAUAAUGGGUACCACAGGAUACCAGUUAAUACCCGUUUGGGUAUUACGGAUACCCGUACUACCCGCUCACCCAAAUUAUACUCCAAUUUACUACUCUAACCCUUAGCUCAAUGCGAACAAAGCAUACCUCAAAGAGUAAUUAGCCAUUCACAGUUCAGUAAAUCACUAACCAUGACUAGCUGAUAAAUGAGUUUAUAAUGG